GCGACUGCGGGCGCCGCGGAGGAGGCGGAGGCGGCGCCGGGCUCCCCAGGCCGCCUGGUAGGCCAAGGGCCUGCGCCCGGGACGAAUGGGAAGCUGCUUUCCGUGGACUAGCCUCUUACAACCCGAAGUUCCUCGGCUCCUUUAGAAGAGCACAAAAAUAAAAGAUGACGGAGGGCCGUCGAUGUCAAGUACAUCUCCUUGAUGACAGGAAGCUGGAGCUCCUAGUACAGCCCAAGCUUUUGGCCAAGGAGCUUCUUGACCUCGUGGCUUCUCAUUUCAACCUGAAGGAGAAGGAAUACUUUGGAAUAGCAUUCACAGAUGAGACGGGACACUUGAACUGGCUCCAACUAGAUCGAAGAGUCCUGGAGCACGACUUCCCCAAAAAGUCUGGGCCAGUGGUUCUGUACUUCUGUGUCAGAUUCUAUAUAGAAAGCAUCUCCUACCUGAAGGAUAACGCUACCAUUGAGCUUUUCUUCCUGAACGCCAAGUCCUGCAUCUACAAGGAGCUGAUUGAUGUUGACAGUGAAGUGGUGUUUGAAUUAGCUUCCUAUAUCUUACAGGAAGCAAAAGGAGAUUUCUCUAGCAAUGAGGUGGUGAGGAGUGAUCUGAAAAAGCUGCCAGCCCUUCCCACCCAGGCCCUGAAGGAACACCCCUCCCUGGCCUACUGUGAAGACAGAGUCAUCGAGUACUACAAGAAGCUGCAUGGCCAGACGAGGGGACAAGCUAUCGUGAACUACAUGAGUAUCGUGGAGUCUCUGCCAACCUACGGCGUUCACUAUUAUGCAGUGAAGGACAAGCAGGGGAUACCAUGGUGGCUGGGACUGAGCUACAAAGGAAUUUUCCAGUAUGACUACCAUGAUAAAGUGAAGCCACGGAAGAUAUUUCAAUGGAGACAGUUGGAGAAUCUGUAUUUCAGGGAAAAGAAGUUUUCCGUGGAAGUCCAUGACCCUCGCAGGGCUUCAGUGACCAGGAGGACUUUCGGGCACAGUGGCAUUGCCGUGCACACGUGGUACGCGUGCCCAGCCCUCAUCAAGUCCAUCUGGGCGAUGGCGAUUAGCCAGCAUCAGUUCUAUCUGGACAGAAAGCAGAGUAAGUCCAAGAUCCAUGCGGCACGAAGUCUAAGCGAGAUCGCCAUUGACCUAACAGAGACAGGGACGCUGAAGACGUCAAAGUUGGCCAACAUGGGGAGCAAGGGGAAGAUCAUCAGCGGCAGCAGUGGGAGCCUGCUGUCCUCAGGUUCUCAGGAAUCAGAUAGCUCGCAGUCAGCCAAGAAAGACAUGCUGGCUGCCUUGAAAUCCAGGCAGGAAGCUCUGGAGGAGACGCUGCGCCAGAGGCUGGAGGAACUGAAGAGAUUGUGUCUCCGGGAAGCUGAACUCACGGGAAAAUUGCCGGUUGAAUAUCCCCUGGAUCCAGGAGAGGAACCACCUAUUGUUCGGAGGAGAAUUGGGACAGCCUUCAAGCUGGAUGAACAGAAAAUCCUGCCUAAAGGAGAGGAAGCCGAGCUGGAGCGCCAGGAACGAGAGUUUGCGAUUCAGUCCCAGAUCACCGAGGCCGCCCGGCGUCUAGCCAGCGACCCCAAUGUCAGCAAAAAACUGAAGAAGCAAAGGAAGACCUCUUAUCUGAAUGCCCUGAAGAAGCUACAGGAGAUUGAGAAGGCAAUCAACGAGAACCGCAUCAAGUCAGGGAAGAAACCCACCCAGAGGGCUUCGCUUGUCAUUGAUGAUGGAAAUAUUGCCAGCGAAGACAGCUCUCUCUCGGAUGCCCUCGUUCUGGAAGAUGAAGACUCUCAGGUUACCAGCACAAUAUCCCCCUUACAGUCGCCACACAAGGGCCUCCCUCCUCGGCCGCCGUCAUCGCACAACAGGCCUCCUCCCCCUCAAUCCCUGGAGGGACUCAGGCAGAUGCACUAUCACCGUACUGACUAUGACAAGUCACCCUUAAAGCCCAAAAUGUGGAGCGAGUCAUCUUUAGACGAGCCUUACGAGAAGGUGAAGAAACGCUCCUCCCACGGUCAUUCCAGUAGCCACAAGCGUUUCCCCAGCACAGGAAGCUGUACGGAGGCGGGGGUAAGCAGCUCCUUGCAGAGUAGCCCCAUCCGGAGCCUCCCACACUGGAACUCCCAGUCUAGCAUGCCAUCCACCCCAGACCUGCGCGUCCGGAGUCCUCACUGUGUUCAUUCCACGAGGUCAGUGGACAUCAGCCCCACGAGACUGCACAGCCUCGCACUGCACUUUAGGCAUCGAAGCUCCAGCCUGGAGUCCCAGGGCAAGCUCCUGGGCUCAGAGAAUGACACCGGAAGCCCCGACUUCUACACCCCGAGGACUCGUAGCAGCAAUGGCUCAGACCCCAUGGAUGACUGCUCGUCCUGCACCAGCCACUCGAGCUCAGAGCACUACUACCCAGCACAGAUGAAUGCCAACUACUCAACGCUGGCUGAGGACUCGCCAUCCAAGGCGCGGCAGCGACAGCGACAGAGGCAGCGCGCAGCGGGCGCACUGGGCUCAGCUAGCUCGGGCAGCAUGCCCAACCUGGCAGCACGCAGUGGGGCUGCGAGCACUGGAGGUGGUGUGUACCUGCACAGCCAGAGCCAGCCGAGUUCGCAGUACCGCAUCAAAGAGUACCCACUCUAUAUCGAGGGCAGUGCCACACCCGUGGUGGUACGCAGCCUGGAGAGCGACCAGGAGGGCCACUACAGCGUCAAGGCGCAGUUUAAGACUUCCAACUCUUACACGGCUGGUGGCCUGUUCAAAGAGAGCUGGCGCGGGGGUGGCGACGAGGGGGACGCAGGCCGCCUUACACCGUCGCGCUCUCAGAUCCUGCGGACUCCUUCCUUGGGGCGUGACGGCGCCCACGACAAAGGCUCCGGCCGUGCCGCUGUGUCUGAUGAGCUGCGCCAGUGGUACCAGCGCUCCACAGCCUCGCACAAGGAGCACAGCCGCCUGUCGCACACCAGCUCCACCUCCUCCGACAGCGGCUCCCAGUACAGCACCUCUUCCCAGAGCACCUUCGUGGCGCACAGCAGGGUCACCAGGAUGCCCCAGAUGUGCAAGGCCACAUCAGCUGCCUUACCUCAAAGCCAGAGAAGUUCAACACCGUCAAGUGAAGUUGGAGCCACCCCGCCCAGCAGCCCCCACCACAUCCUAACCUGGCAGACUGGGAGCUACGGUGACAGCUGCUUCCUGGAUCCCUCCCUCUAUCCAGGCCUAGCCGAUGUCCAAUGGUACGGGCAGGAAAAAGCCAAGCCCGGAACCCUCGUGUGAGCCGGCCAGCCGGGCCAGAUGUGACCACCGCCACGCCAUUCCAAGUCACCUCACUGCCUCUCAUUUGCCUUACCCAGAUGCACUGUCACCUGCACCAGCUUUGGCCCUCAGCACUUUCUUCUCCUGUCUCCACAUCCCUUUCACCCUCAAAAACCUGACUGAGAAGACAUUCUGGAAGGUUCCGAACCCACUGUGUGUCCCCUGGCUCUCUUCCCUAGAGAGCCAGACAACAAUCCUCAAUGGCACCUUAGUGGUUUCCCUCGACCAUGACAGCCCCAAGCCACAAACUGUCAGGGAAGCCAAGACGUGCAAUUCCUGUGGAAGAGAAGCUUUGGGAGAGACCAGAGCAAAAGCCAGCCCUGCCUGCAGAGCUCGAAGCGUUACCGGCUGCAGCCCUAGGCCAACCAAGUCCUAGAGGAGAGCGGCUCAUGGGGAUAUCAGUUUACACCUGAAAUAAAUAUUCCGUAGUCAAAAAACAGCCAGUGAGAGUUCCUCAGGGGAAGUGUGAGCAAGGAAGAUCAGUGUUUCAGAGACCGUCAGGAUCACAAUUGGUUCUAUGCUGCCAAAGAUUAGCCACAUUCAACAAUGAACAGAUAGGAGGGGCCAAGAGGAACACACCUUUUCUGCGGUGAAAUUUCAAUUCUAAACUACGGCUGCGCAGCACAGUGAAAGUCAACCACUUGUAGACCACGCCCUGUGGCGCCCCUUCUGGAGCACUCCACAUACCCCUGAGAGCCUGGGAACCGUGACGAGGAAGGAGGCUUGGCUGGCCUGGCGGACUCAGCCUCUGUCUGUCUGGACACAGGAGGAGGGGCAGGGACCGUUACACUGCCCUAUGCAGGGGCUCAGCCUACGCCCCCCAAAGCUUCUUUCCUUUUGGGAUUGGGAAGAAGCUAAAGGUGAUAAUUGCCAAAAGCAGUUCUCUCUCUCUCUCUCUCUCUCUCUCUCUCUCUCUCUCUCUCUCUCU